CCGGGUGUCAGGUUUCCCGGAAGCGCCUCCGGCGCCGGCGCUGCGCUGCCGAGCCGGGCAAGCCGCUGUUGCCCGGCGGCCCCCACGCCUGUUGCACGCCGCGGGCCGGCCACGGAGCGGCCGAGCCAGCGGCAGCAGGUGACAGAGCAGCGGCUGGCGCGGCGGGGGCGGGGGGGGGAUGGAGGCGCCGCGGCCGAAGGAGAAGCCCAACCCCCUGCGGGCUGCCAACUUCUGCUCCCGGCUCUUCUUCUGGUGGUUGAAUCCUUUAUUUGUUACUGGUCACAAACGAAAGCUUGAAGAAGAUGAUAUGUAUAAAGUGCUGGCUGAAGAUUCAUCAGAGAGGGUUGGAGAGGAGUUGCAAUGGUACUGGGAUAAAGAGGUGCAAAAAGCUAAAAAAGAAGCAAGAACACCACAUUUAACAAAAGCAAUCAUACUUUGUUAUUGGAAAUCCUAUUUAGCUUUGGGAUUGUUCACAUUGAUUGAGGAAACACUCAAAGUAAUUCAACCAGUCUUUUUGGGAAAAAUUAUUAAUUAUUUUGAAUUUUUUGAUCCUCUUGAUACUGCUGCUUUGAAUUUUGCCUACGGCUAUGCAGCUGCUUUGUCUGUAUGUACAUUGAUUUUAGCCAUAACACACCACUUGUACUUUUAUCAUGUACUACGGGCUGGCAUGAAGUUGAGAGUAGCGAUGUGUCACAUGAUUUAUCGGAAGGCACUUCGUCUCAGUAACACAGCUUUGGGAAAAACUACCACAGGUCAAAUAGUAAAUCUUUUAUCAAAUGAUGUGAACAAAUUUGAUCAGGUAACAAUUUUCUUACACUUUUUAUGGGCUGGACCACUUCAAGCUAUAGCUGUAACUGUUCUUCUCUGGAUUGAAAUAGGCCCAUCAUGCCUUGCAGGAAUGGCAAUUCUGAUUAUUCUACUUCCUUUACAAACCUGUAUUGGGAGGUUGUUUUCUUCACUAAGGAGCAGAACUGCAGCCUUGACAGAUAUCAGGAUUAGGACAAUGAAUGAAGUCAUAGCUGGUAUGAGGAUAAUAAAGAUGUAUGCCUGGGAAAAAUCAUUUUCAGAACUAGUUAGCAGUAUAAGAAGGAAGGAGAUUUCCAUGGUUCUUAAAAGCUCCUAUCUUCGAGGAUUGAACUUGGCAUCGUUCUUUGUUGCAAGCAAAAUAACAGUUUUUAUGACUUUCAUGACAUAUGUCCUACUUGGCAAUGUUAUUUCUGCAAGUCGGGUGUUUGUGGCAGUGUCACUAUAUGGUGCAGUGAGACUGACUGUCACUCUCUUCUUCCCUGCGGCUGUUGAGAAAGCAUCUGAGGCAAUGAUCAGCAUACGACGAAUCAAGAACUUUCUAAUACUUGAUGAGGUUUCACAGUUCAAUCUGCAACUGGAGAAUAGCAACGAAAAUGUCCUACUUCAUGUUCAAGACUUGACUUGUUAUUGGGAUAAGAGUUUGGAAAUCCCAACCCUUCAGCAACUUUCUUUUACUGUCAGACCAGGAGAAUUAUUGGCUGUGAUUGGCCCUGUAGGAGCUGGGAAAUCAUCUCUCUUAAGUGCUGUACUCGGCGAACUGCCUAAAGUCAAAGGUUUGAUGGAUGUUAGAGGAAGAAUAGCCUAUGUUUCUCAGCAGCCAUGGGUAUUUCCUGGCACCGUGAGAAGUAAUAUACUAUUUGGCAGAGAAUAUGAGAAAGAAAAGUAUGAAAAAGUUCUAAAAGUUUGUGCUCUUAAAAAAGACAUGGGAUUGUUAGAAGAUGGUGACCUGACCGUGAUAGGAGAUCAUGGAGCUACAUUGAGUGGCGGACAGAAAGCCCGUGUAAAUCUUGCUAGAGCAGUGUAUCAGGAUGCAGACAUCUACCUCUUGGAUGAUCCACUGAGUGCAGUAGAUGCAGAAGUUAGCAGACACUUGUUUGAAAAGUGUAUUUAUCAGGCCUUGCACCAAAAGAUCUCUAUUUUAGUGACUCAUCAGUUGCAGUACCUCCAUGCUGUAAACCAGAUUUUGAUUUUAAAAGAGGGUAAAAUGGUGGGGAAAGGGACCUAUUCAGAGUUCCUGAGUUCUGGAAUCGAUUUUGCUUCCCUUUUGAAAAAAAAUGAAGAGGUUGAACAGUCACUAAUUCCUGGAAUCUCCACUAUGAAGUUAGCAAGGAACCGUACCUUUUCACAGUCCUCUGUCUGGUCACAAGAUUCCUUGGCGCAGUCACAGAAAGAUGGAGCAGUAGAACAGCCACCUACUGAACCUUUGGUGACUGCACUGCCAGAAGAGAGCCGGUCUGAGGGAAAAAUAAACUUCAAGAUUUACAGGAAAUAUUUUGCUGCUGGAGCAAACUACUUUGUAAUUUUUAUACUUUUACUUCUAAAUAUUUUGGCACAGGUUGCUUAUGUGCUUCAGGAUUGGUGGCUUUCAUACUGGUCAAACCAGCAAGAAAAGCUGAAUGUCACAUCACAUGGAAAUAAUGGAAUAAAUGAGACUAGACAUCUAGAUCUUAGCUUGUAUUUAGGAAUUUAUGCAGGUUUGACUAUGGCGACAGUACUGUUUGGCAUAGUGAGAAGUCUGUUGGUAUUCACAGUUUUUGUGAAUGCUGGUCAAACUUUGCACAACAAAAUGUUUCAGUCACUUUUGAAAGCUCCAGUCUUGUUCUUUGACAGAAACCCUAUAGGGAGAAUCUUAAAUCGUUUCUCCAAAGAUAUUGGCCAUCUGGAUGAUUUGCUUCCACUGACAAUUUUGGACUUCAUACAGACUCUCCUUCAGAUUUUUGGCGUGGUAGCUGUGGCUGUGGCAGUGAUUCCUUGGAUACUCAUCCCUUUAGUUCCACUUUGUAUUCUUUUCAUUUUUCUUCGACGGUAUUUCUUAGACACAGCGAGAGAUAUUAAACGUCUGGAGUCCACAACUCGAAGUCCAGUGUUCUCCCACUUGUCAACAUCUCUCCAGGGACUUUGGACAAUUCGUGCUUUCAAAGCAGAGCAAAGAUUCCAAGAAUUAUUUGAUGCUCACCAAGAUCUUCACUCAGAGGCUUGGUUUCUGUUUUUGACUACCUCCCGAUGGUUUGCUGUGCGGCUGGAUGCCAUCUGUGCCAUCUUUGUUAUAGUGAUUGCCUUUGGUUCCCUCCUUCUCGCAAAGACUCUGGAUGCAGGACAGGUUGGCUUGGCAUUGUCCUAUGCAAUCACGCUCAUGGGAAUGUUCCAGUGGGGAGUUAGGCAAAGUGCUGAAGUUGAAAAUCUGAUGAUCUCAGUAGAAAGAGUAAUGGAAUACACAGAACUUGAAAAGGAAGCUCCUUGGGAGUCCAACAAACGUCCACCAGCUGAAUGGCCAAGCCAAGGAGUGAUAGCCUUUGAAAAUGUUAACUUCACUUAUAGCUUAGAUGGACCCUUGGUGUUGAGGCACUUGUCUGUUCUAAUUAAAUCAAAAGAAAAGGUUGGAAUUGUGGGAAGAACAGGAGCUGGAAAGAGCUCUUUGAUAGCAGCUCUCUUUCGGUUGGCUGAACCCAAAGGACGAAUUUGGAUUGAUAAGUAUUUAACAUCAGAACUAGGACUUCAUGACUUGCGAAAGAAAAUUUCAAUCAUACCUCAGGAGCCCAUUCUGUUCACUGGAACUAUGAGAAAAAACUUGGAUCCUUUCAAUGAAUAUACUGAUGAAGAGCUAUGGAAUGUCUUGGAAGAGGUUCAACUGAAGGAGGCUGUGGAAGAACUUCCUGAUAAAAUGGAGACACAGUUGGCAGAAUCUGGAUCUAAUUUUAGCGUUGGUCAGAGACAGCUCGUGUGCCUUGCCAGGGCAAUUCUCAAAAAAAAUCAAAUUCUGAUUAUUGACGAAGCAACAGCAAAUGUGGACCCAAGAACGGAUGAGUUGAUUCAAAAGACAAUUCGUGAAAAGUUUGCCCAGUGCACUGUGCUGACCAUUGCACACAGGUUGAACACCAUUAUCGACAGUGACAAGAUUAUGGUUUUAGAUGCAGGAAGACUGAAAGAAUAUAAUGAGCCGUACAUUUUGCUACAAGAAAAAGAGAGCCUGUUCUACAAGAUGGUGCAACAAGUGGGAAAGGCUGAAGCUGCUGCUCUGAUUGAAACAGCAAAACAGGUCUAUUUCAGUAAAAAUUACCCAGAAGUUAUUCAGAAUGGUCAAGUCACAGAUUCUUCAGAAGAUGCUGCCUCAGGAUUAAUCAUUUAUGAAACUGCACUGUGAUCCAGCAUAGACAUGAUUGCUUUGUGUAGAAUGCAAACCUGAAACCAUCUAAACUUGAUGACUGACCGUGUUUAGAGGGGAGCUUUUUGCACUAGACAACAAUCAUAUUUAAUGUUAAGAAAAAUGUUUCAUCUAUCUUUCUUUAAUUUCAGUGCAAUACAUUUAUCAUUUCCAUCUAAAUAAAUUUCCAUUACUAAAGGAAUUAGGCAGACCUAGGACGUUUUUUUUUUUAAAUUAGAUUGUGGAGACUUCCAUAUUUAAAUCACAGGUGCAAGGCAUCUAACAAUUCUGGGGUGCAGUUUUAGAGAUUAUUAGAAAACCUAGAGUUUCUCUGUUUUCCCAUUUGGAAAGCAUGUAAAAUCAAUUUGUUUAGUGUCACUUUAAAAUGACAACUUUGUCUUACUGCAAUUUUGAUAACAUAACACCAUUUUCUAAUGCAAUACUUUAUAUAAGCCAUCUUUUUAAAGCAGUUUUACAAACUGGCAGAAACAAGAACUAAACCAACCAAAAAUACAUUUUUAUAGAAAUAAGUGAAUAGUUAUAAAUAUUAAUUUUUAAAUUAAAAUAUAAUACAGGUAUGGUGUGUAGAAAUUAAUGUAAAAUUUUCAGUUUUCUUUUGCUGAGAUCCAAAUGCUGAAAAUCAGAAUCAAUCUACUGUAUUUUAGAAGAAAAUGGUCACAUUUUGCUUAUUUUGCACUGUCCCAAUAUUUAAAUAAUUGAAUAUACAUUCCUCUUUUUAUCCAGGUAAUCAAAGAAAAUUAAAAUAACUAGAGGAAAUACUUAUUGAAAGACUUAUCAGUAAACACCAUGUAGCAGAAAGUUAUCUUCUGCAAAACACAUUGUUAAAAUAUAUACAUUAUUUGCAUUUAUUGUGCCUUAAUACAAUUCAAGCCAAAUCUCCCCCUUCAGGGCACACAGCAAAUUCAUUAAAUAUACUUUAUUUUACUGUUUUAAAUUAAUGCAUUUAAAAAUUUUGCAUCAGGAAUUCUGUUUAAUUGAACCUUUGUGAAGUUGCCAUUUCAGCUCUCCUGGGUAGAAAAGUAUCACUUGUAAUUUUGAAUAGCCCAACUGAUAUUGAGAAGAAUUUAAGGAAAGAUUUGUAUUCUGUGUUCAUAAGUUAGGUCCUGAUCCAGUAAAGAACUUAAACAUGUAGCACUAUUCACAUGCUUAAAAAAAACAAAAAAAACACGCAAGUGCUUUGCUGCAUCCAGUUCUUUGUUUUUGGUUGAGAUAUUUACAAUUUGAGGUUCAGUGCAGUCUAAGGUUAUUCACCUUAGAUUUUAAAAGGUGUUUUCCAUUUCGUUGACUGAAGAGCAGCAAAUAAAGAAAAAUGGAACAGAAAGUUGCGAUUUUUAAAAUCCUGUAGAACAUAAAUUGUUAUAUUAUAUGAUAGAUAUUUUCCCAGUGAAGGAAGUGACUAAAUUAAGGGACAUUCAAACUGUUAAUCUUAUUUCAAGCAUCAAUACCAGCAAAAAUCUGAUUUAAAUACAAAAUUCUGGUCUGUCCACAAGUUAAUUAUGGUCACACCCUUUGCCACAGAAGAAAGGCUGAGUAGAAGGGCUUUCCCUAUGCAGAAACCCAGUCCAAUACUUGCAAGGCUGAAGAACAGAGUCUUCACUCCCAACCUGCAGUAGCUUUCAUGCAACAGCGUUUGCUGAAGGAGAAGAGGAGAUUGCGGAUGAGUCCUGCCAGCCAUCCCUCCACACCCACUUAUGCCAAGAUUAAAAAUAGAGACCAGCUGCUACAGAACUCUGCUCUGUGACAUUCAAAGCGUUGUGGCAUCCCUGUAUGUGGGUUCUUUGUGGAAUGGGCCACCUGCACAGCAGAAACAAUCCAUUUCCGCUGUAUUUGGUUCUCAUUUGCCCAUCUACACAGGUGUGGCAUCUGGCUUCUAUUAACACUUUUAUUAUCAUGAAGUUCCAAAAUUAACUACUGCUUGGGCAGAUUCUGACACCCUUUUUCUUGAUGAGUAGCACCUUACUCCACAAUUACUCCCAUUAAAUUCAACAGGAUGACAUUUGAUAUGGUGCUAUUUAACAUAAGGGUCUCACAUUUGUGUCCUUUUAUUGGGCUGAGUCUAAUCUCACCUAACCCUGUUUUACAGUGUUGCAAUUCUGUGACCUUGCAUGGAUGCAUGUCUUUGGUUUACAAGAAGAUAAGAGGAGAAUCAUGCGUACUGUGUGAGAUAUGCUGGAGUUUUUAAACAUACUACAAAAGUGCAGGCAUCUGGCCAUAUUGUACUGUGAAUCUAUGCCCAUAAUUUCCAUCAAUAUUCAGGGAGAAUCAUGUGCAUGGAUCAAGGGUAUAAUGUGGCUCUAGACCAUUUCAGCCUAAAAUACUUCUAUGGUAUAUUUGAGAGAAGAAUCCAAAGUUUUUGGCUUCUGCAGGCUCACUGGCAUGAAAGCUAGACAGAUCUUGCUGUAUCAGACCCUCAACUAGAAUACUUUACUUACCAGAAUUAGAUACUUUAGCUUUUUGAAUGCUCACAAAAAUGCUUGUCAUCUAGGAGAAUGCUGAUUAUGCUGUAUGACAUGUUUUGACUGGACAAUACCAGCUAUUUGUCUCAAAUGUCAAGGUCAUAGAAAUCAAAAUGAAAACCUGUGUAAGUUGUUGAACAGGCCAACUGGUACUGGUGUGUUCAUGUUCUAGUAACUUCUCUCAAUGGCAUUAAAUCCAUAUAGUACUCUUUUAAAAAAUAGUUACAGGUUAAAUAAUACAGGUUAGAUUUAACCAAUAAAUCAUUGUUCCGUUUUUUUCUUAA